AAAGAUUAGAUUAGAGGCGGAGUUUGUGUUCACCAUCCUCACCUCCAACUCAAAGCCUCGAACCUUUCUUACAAAACAUGGCCUUAGCUCAAAUCUCAGCUUCUCGUUCUCUUUGCAUUCAUGAUGCGUGGCCUAUCAGUUCGCCAAGAACCCACAAAAUUUCUCGCUUAUCCAUUUCCAGAAUUUCACCGACGGGCUCCAUUUUUGCCACUGGUUCCCCUCUAUUGAUAAGGGGGCCAUUUCACCAAAGAAAGCCCGCGUGCAAAGCAACACCUUUCUCCAUCAAAUGUGAGCAAAGCACCCAGAAAGGCAGCAGCUUGGAUGUAUGGCUAGGCAGGCUCGCCAUGGUUGGUUUUGCAGUGGCCAUUACCGUUGAAAUAUCAACUGGCAAGGGACUUUUGGAGAAUUUCGGCCUCACGACACCUUUACCCACGGUGGCCUUGGCAGUGACUGCAUUGGUUGGUGUUUUGACUGCAAUUUUCAUCUUUCAAUCCGCCUCUAAAAGUUGAUUCUCUUGGCGUUUCUUGUACUUUUAGCUGUCGAUCAUAUAAGUUUUCUGUUUAAUUACACUGCUGGUUCAUUUUGAACAUGAUCACGUUGCAAUAAGAUAGUUCAUCGAAAUUUCACCAA